CUCACCUCCGCCGCGACAGCUCCUAGAUAGCUCUUCCCCUCACACACGCUCACACCCGGUUCGAGAUGGCGGCGGCAGCGGCAGCGGCUGGGGACUCCGACUCCUGGGACGCGGACGCAUUCUCGGUGGAAGAUCCCGUGCGGAAGGUCGGGGGCGGCGGCACCGCCGGCGGGGACCGCUGGGAAGGCGAGGACGAGGACGAGGACGUCAAGGAUAACUGGGAUGACGAUGAUGAUGAAAAAAAAGAAGAAGCAGAAGUAAAACCAGAAGUAAAAAUUUCAGAAAAGAAAAAAAUAGCAGAGAAGAUAAAAGAAAAAGAAAGGCAACAGAAGAAAAGGCAAGAAGAAAUUAAAAAGAGGUUAGAAGAACCUGAAGAACCUAAAGUGCUAACACCGGAAGAACAAUUAGCAGAUAAACUGCGGUUAAAGAAAUUGCAGGAAGAGUCAGACCUUGAAUUAGCAAAGGAAACUUUCGGUGUUAAUAAUACAGUUUUUGGAAUAGAUGCUAUGAACCCAUCUUCAAGAGAUGACUUCACAGAAUUUGGAAGGUUACUAAAAGAUAAAAUUACACAAUAUGAAAAGUCACUAUAUUAUGCCAGUUUUUUGGAAGUCUUAGUUCGAGAUGUGUGUAUUUCAUUGGAAAUUGAUGACUUGAAAAAGAUUACCAAUUCAUUGACUGUGCUUUGCAGUGAAAAACAGAAGCAAGAAAAGCAAAACAAAGCCAAAAAGAAGAAGAAAGGUGUGGUUCCUGGAGGGGGAUUAAAGGCCACCAUGAAAGACGAUCUGGCAGAUUAUGGUGGUUAUGAUGGAGGAUAUGUACAAGACUAUGAAGACUUCAUGUGACAUUUUAUCUUCUCCUGGUGUCUUCUUUAUGUUGCCCACAAUCCCUUCAACAUGUAGCACAAUUUCCUUUCCUUUCAGUUCUGCCAAAUGCUACAAUCAGAAGUGCAGCAUCUUUUGUGCUGGUUAUUUAACCCCUUGACACUUAGGUGCUAAUGUGCAAAUGAGGGAACUUGGAUCUUGCUGCCAAGGGGUUAAAAUUGGGAAUCUCAGUUGCUACUAA